UGUUAAUGAACCGUCGGUACCCGUGGCUGGCGUUGCGCUCAAAUGUUCUAGCGCUACAUAAAAACUUGUUUUUCGUCUCCGUCGCGCCCUCUCGCGUCUUGCCGCGGGUGCUGUUACCGCUGCCAAUUGUUCCAGAGAUACAACGCAAGAAUGAAGAUAAUAACGAAACAAUAACUAAAACACAGCUAUAUCUGCUAUGUAAACAUAAGCGAGAGAAUAAAAAUUUAAUUUGACGGAGAGUAUUACGGUAUUAAAAGGAGAGAAAUGUGAGACAGAGUGGGUUGGAAAUCAAAUGUCUGUUGACAUUAUGACUGUAGAGGCACCGAGGCGAACGCGAGCUGUUGCCAUGGAGACGGGAGGGCUGCCUCUGGUUUCAACGUUUGCACUUCUCACAAUUAUGGCCGGUCAGUUGCAAGGCUCGGGUUACAGUGACUCGGAACCAGAGUUCCUGGCGCCACUAGAGAAUAUAACCGUGGCUUUAGGAAGAGAUGUACACUUUACAUGUACUGUUAACUACCUCGGGAAUUAUAAGGUGGCCUGGAUAAAGUCAGACACGAAGACAAUACUGGCGAUUCACACACAUAUGGUGAACAUCAAUCCCCGUCUGUCCGUCACACACAACGGCCAUAACACUUGGAAACUCUACAUAAGCAGCGUGGAACCGAAGGACUCGGGGACGUACAUGUGCCAAAUUAAUACCGAUCCUAUGAAGAGUCAAAUGGGUCACCUAUCAGUAGUGAUUCCACCAGACAUAGCAGACAGUGAUGGAUCGGAAGCCAGUGCACCUGAAGGUGGUUCCGUGGAGCUCAGAUGUACGGCGAGUGGUGUUCCUGAACCAACUGUAUCUUGGAAGCGGCAUGGAGGACGAAAUAUAGUUUUCCGUGAUGACAACGGGAAUGAAGAGAAAGUUGUAGAUAGUUACAUGGGUUCUACGUUGUCUCUGAAAGGACUCAGACGAACCGACAUGGGCACUUACCUAUGUAUUGCUGCCAACGGCGUCCCCCCUACUCAGAGCAGGAACUAUGAGGUCAAUGUGCUUUUUCCACCGAUAGUCCGUGUCGCAAGCUUGGUCGUAUGGCGUAUGACAGACAUGCAAGUAACUCUACAAUGCUAUGUAGAGGCUUCCCCAAAGUCUCUUACUACGUGGCAACGCGGGAAAUCUCAUUCAGGGCCAAAAUUAUUGAAUAGCUCGAAGUAUAUAAUAGCAGAUGAUGUACUCAACAAGUACGCGGUACGAAUGAAUAUGACGAUCAAUCGUUUGAAGAAAACAGAUUUUGGGGAAUAUACUUGUUCUGCUGUUAAUGCGUAUGGAAGGGCUAAUGCAUCCAUAACAUUAAAAGAAACACCACAAAAGACAACAACAACGACAACGACAACGACGACGACGACAACAACAUCUACAACAACAACACAGCGGCCGACAACAGCUCGAACCACAACAAAACCACCGAAGCGACACCUCAAGAAACAGCAAACACAAAAUGCUAUUGACACCGAGGAGGCCGGCCUCAACAAUGCCUUGAAUUUCUACAACAUCAACAUCUACACUACAACAAAUAAUAGUCACAAUCAUAAUCGUAACCAUAAUGAUAUAAAUCAAAGAGCUGAACGACAAAAGAUUCGACCAUCGGGUCCACCGAGACAUUUUGUUGUUUACAACAAAGGCACCUUUACAUCAACAUGUAUGAAUUAUCCUAUCUAUAUUUUUAUUAUUUUAUAUACAAUGUAAUACUCUAUCUAAAUAUCUUGUAGUUUGGUAGCUGUUUAAAAUAAUAUUUAAUUUACUAUGGUUAUGUUAAUAUUAAUUAAGAAUAUUAUUUUAAAUAAAAUUUUGAUGAUUGUAACUAUAUUACUGUGAAAUUAAAUUCCAAAUUUUAUAUCAAUCAAUGAUAGAAAAAUCGU